AUGGGGUCCUAUGGAAAUCCCCAGUACUCGGCGGAUCAGUUCAUGAAUCCGGGGCCGGCUCCCCGCCCCCCAACUGAUCGCCCAAAGUUGUCGAUUCCAACCAACAAUCCAGUUGCGACCUCGUUCAGCCAGAUGACCUUGAACUCACCCAGCACCCCAGGUCCCAAUCUCUCGCUUUUCCCCAACACCAGUUCUCCGUCCCUGGCCCGGACCCAAACCGGCGGUGUCGCAAUUGUGAAGGAAGGCCCCGUGCGCUGCAAGGAAGACAAGUUUCUGGCAACAUGGAAUCAACGUCAACUGAUCCUGCGCGAAUUCAAAAUCGAAUUUUUGAAAACAGAUUCAGGAAAGGUCGUCUUGUCGUUCCCCCUAUCGACCGUUACCGCCGUUCAACGUUCCGAAGACUCGAAGAUGGCUUUUGAUAUUACCCGAUUGGCCAACCCCAAGGAUGUGAACAACAAAGUCGCUUUAAUCACUCGCGACUUACCCACUAAAACCAUCACCUGUGAGGUGAAAUCCGAUGAUGAAAUCUAUGAGUGGAUUGAUAAGAUCUACGAACGUUGCCCGGGUAUGGGUGGUGUCAGUAAUCCCACUAAUUUCAGUCACCGCGUUCAUGUUGGCUUCGAUCCACAAUCCGGUGCUUUCGUAGGCUUGCCCCCAGAGUGGGAGAAACUCCUGACUGCUUCCGCCAUUACAAAGGAGGAUUAUAAGAAAAAUCCUCAGGCAGUCAUUGAGGUUUUGGAGUUUUACUCCGAUAUCAAGAUGCGGGAACAAAAUCCACAAUACUACGGAGGAAUGAACGGCCCUGCGGCUGCUCCGUCUAAUAAGAUGCCUUCCAGCACUUCUAUGGGAAGCGGAAUUGCACCUCCUCGUCCUGCACCACCAGGCCCAAUGCAGCGUCUUGACAGCUCACAAUCUGGAUCCUUGCGUUCCGUCUCAUCUCCUACAUCUGACCGUGCCACAGAACAACAACAACAAUUGGAGCGCAUGAAAGAGAUGGCCGACCAAGAACGUCGCCGCGUAGAGGAGGAGACUCGUCGCAAGGAGGACCAAGAGUACAAUGCCUCUUUACCAAAAGGUCGUGUUCCAAUGGCCAAGCAAGAACUCGGUGGUUAUGGUGGUGGAUCGUCAGACAACCGUUACCAGCCCAGUCGCCCUGCUCCUCAAGCGCCUGGCUCUUCUCGUAGCCCGGCUCCCGAUGCCCGUCAAUUAACCGCCCAACGCCCUGCUCCGCCUCCACCAUCGUCCCAAAAUUCCUACGGAAAAUCUCACACUCGCACGCCUGGCAGUGGCUCUAUGAGCGAUGCUCACGGCUCGCCCUCGCGUUAUCCUCCAAACGACCCUCGAUCUCAGGCCUCUUCCAGUCGCCCUCCACAGGGCCAAGGGCCUCCUCCAACUCGUCUGCCUGCUCCUGUGCAGCAAGUUAAGCCGUUGAACAUUGCCAACAAGCAACAACCGCAACAACAGCAGCCCGCUAGCAAGGCGGCUGUUCCUGAUGGCGUUCGCCAAGCUGAGGCCGCCUUGACUAAGAAGCCCGAGCAGUCGCACAAGAAGGAGGUACGCAUGUCUGCCAUGUCUGAGAAUGAAGUAAUGGAUCGCUUGCGCUCGGUUGUCUCGAAGGAUAAUCCCAACGAGUCCUACAGCAAGCAACGUAAGAUCGGCCAGGGUGCUUCUGGCUCCGUCUACGUUGCACGAGUGAAGGAGGGAGCAACAUCGGCCGUGGCUCAUGAGCUAUACCGACAGUACGGACCGAGAUGCCAGGUCGCCAUUAAGCAGAUGGACCUGCGUAGCCAACCUCGCAAGGAAUUGAUCGUGAACGAGAUUAUUGUCAUGAAGGACAGCCAACAUGCCAACAUUGUCAACUUCUUGGAUUCCUUCUUGCAGGAGGCAAGCAACGAGCUCUGGGUCGUCAUGGAGUUCAUGGAGGGUGGUGCUUUAACCGAUGUGAUCGACAAUAACCAAGUAAUUCAAGAAAACCAGAUUGCCACCAUUUGUCAUGAGACUUGCAAAGGUUUGGCUCAUCUGCACGGCCAGAACAUCAUUCACCGAGAUAUUAAGAGUGAUAAUGUUCUGCUGGACCGUGUCGGCCACGUCAAGAUCACCGAUUUUGGUUUCUGUGCUAAGCUCACCGAGUCCAAGAGCAAGCGUGCCACAAUGGUCGGUACUCCUUACUGGAUGGCACCGGAAGUUGUCAAGCAGAAGCCAUAUGGCCCUAAGGUCGAUUGCUGGUCUUUGGGUAUCAUGGCUAUUGAGUUGAUCGAGUCUGAGCCUCCUUACUUGAACGAGGAACCUUUGAAGGCUCUUUACAAUAUUGCUACAAACGGUACACCGCGUCUCAAGAAGCCCGAGAAGCUGAGCAAGGAACUCAAGGCAUUCUUGAGUGUUUGUCUCUGCGUGGAUGUCCGCAGCCGUGCCACCUCUGAAGAGUUACUUGCCCACGAAUUCUUGCAGACUGGCUGCAGCCUUGCUAGCUUGGCUGAAUUGCUUAGCUGGAAGAAGGUCAACGGCCAGUAA